AUGGAAUCCACUGUCUGGGCAGGCACCAUCAACCUCAACGCAGAAGAUUGUGUGGUAGCUAAAAUGGCAAAACUUGUGGAAGAAGCUCAAAAUAGCAGGUCUCAAACUCAGAGAUUCAUAGAUAGAUGUGCUCAGUACUGCACUCCAGUGGUUAUAAUCAUAGCAACUGGCUUUGCUAUGGUUCCACUAGCAUUAAGAGUUCAUAACCCCAAUCACUGGUUUCAUUUACCAUUGGUAGUUUUGGUAAGUGCAUGUCCAUGUGCCCUUAUCCUGUCUACACCAGUUGCAACUUUUUUUGCACUUACGAAGGCCGCAACGGCUGGUCUUCUGAUCAAAGGAGGUGACUAUCUUGAAACAUUAGCCAAGAUUAAGGCCAUGGCUUUUGAGAAAACUGGUACCAUAACAAGAAGAGAAUUUGUUGUCACAGAUUUCCAAUCUCUCAAUUAUGAUAUUGGCAUAGACAUAUUGCUUUAUUGGGCAUCAAGCAUUGAGAGCAAGUCAAGCCAUCCAAUGGCAGCUGUACUUGUCAAUUAUGAAAGGUCACAUUCUAUAGAACUUCGGCCAGAAAAUGUGGAAGACUUUCAAAAUUUCCCUGGAGGUGUUCAUGGAAAAAUUGAUGGCAGAGAUACAUAUAUUGAAAACAGGGAGAUUGCUUGCAGAGCAAGAUCUGGAGCAGUUCCUACAAUGGAGGGUGACAUAAGGAGAGGAAAGACCAUUGGAUACGUCCUUGUUGCACUAACCAAAAUUUUGAAAAGGUGCAAUGUGAUUCCCAAGAUAGAUGGUAGUCUAGCCAUCUCAGUGCGAGCUCAUGCAAGAACGAAAAAUGUGGGGACUCAGGAGAGAGUUGUGAGGAAUGUGUAG